AUGACUGGGUCAAAGAAGAUCCUCCCCGUCGAGGGCGAGCGCAAUGUGCUCAUUACUAGCGCACUACCCUACGUCAACAACGUACCCCAUUUGGGCAACAUUGUCGGCUCCGUACUCUCGGCCGAUGUCUUCGCCCGUUUCUCUCGCGCUCGCGGAUACAACACACUUUACGUCUGCGGAACAGACGAGUACGGUACUGCGACCGAGACCAAAGCCAUAGAAGAGAAGGUCACCCCGAAAGAGCUGUGCGACAAAUACUAUGCGCUACACAGCGAGGUGUACAAGUGGUUCAACAUCAGCUUCGACCACUUCGGACGCACACCCACCCAGCAACAGACCGACAUUGCACAAGAUAUCUUCACCAAACUUUACAAGAACGGCUUUCUGGAGGAGCAAACCACAACACAACCAUACUGCGAGACACACAAGAGCUUCCUUGCAGACCGAUUCGUCGAGGGCACAUGUCCGCUGUGCGCAUACGAAGACGCCCGCGGAGACCAGUGCGACAAGUGCGGACACCUUCUUGACCCUCUAGAAUUGAAGAACCCACGAUGCAAGCUUGACGGCGCCACGCCGGUUCCACGCGAGACCAAGCACGUGUACCUUUGCCUGGAUAAGUUACAACCCAUGGAAGAGGAGUGGUUCAAAAAGGCGAGCAAGGAGGGAAACUGGAGUUCCAAUGGUGUUCAGAUCACUUCAUCCUGGCUGAAGGAAGGUCUUAGGCCGCGUGGUAUCACUCGUGAUCUAAAGUGGGGAACAGCGGUGCCACUCGAAGGCUACGAGGACAAGGUCAUGUACGUGUGGUUUGACGCCUGCAUAGGCUACGUCUCGAUUACAGCAACCUACACCGAGGACUGGAAGCAAUGGUGGCACAACCCCGAGCACGUCAAGCUAUACCAGUUCAUGGGCAAGGACAACGUGCCGUUCCACACGGUCGUCUUCCCCUGCUCGCAGAUCGGUACCAAGGACAACUGGACUAUGCUCAACACCAUCUCGACAACAGAGUAUUUGAACUAUGAAAAGGGCAAGUUCUCCAAGUCAAGAAACAUUGGUGUCUUUGGAAACAACGCCAAGGAAACCGGCAUCCCAUCAGACGUAUGGCGCUACUACCUUCUUUCACACCGACCAGAGACUGGCGACACCGAGUUUGAGUGGGACGGCUUCAUUGCGGCAAACAACAAUGAGCUUCUCAAGAACCUGGGCAACUUCAUUAACCGCGUGAUCAAGUUCGUAAACAACGCCAAGAUCUACGAUUCAGUUGUGCCGGACUACACCAAGUUCGACGACGACUAUUUCACCCAGCACAAGAAGAAGGUCAAUGACUCGUUAAAGACAUACAUUGCCGAGCUAGAGGAUGUCAAGAUCCGUGCCGCGCUUGCCACCGCGCUACACGUCUCAAGCUUGGGUAACCUGCUGUUGCAAGACAACCGACUGGACAACAAGUUGGCAACCGAGCAGCCAGACCGCUGCGCCGCUGUUGUUGGAUUAGCCUUGAGCCAAAUCCAUCUUCUCGCCAGUCUGAUUCAACCAUACAUGCCCGACACCACCACCGCUAUCCUGUCUCAACUCAAUGCCGAAUUCCUGAUUAUUCCUGACACCUGGGAGGCACGUUCCCUUCCUGUUGGCCACAAGAUUGGCACCGCUGGCUACCUUUUCAGCCAGAUCAAGCCGGAGAAAGAGCAAGAGUGGCGCGAGCAAUUUGGUGGAGAAGAGGCUCGCAAAGCCAAGGAAGAAAAGGCGAAGAAGGCAGCAGCUAAGAAGGCAGAGAAGGAGCGUAAGAAGGCAAAGAAAGAUGCUGAGAAGGCCAAGGGUGUUGAGGCUGCCGAGAAGGGACAGGAUGGACCUGCGGCGAAGACCGCCGAAGAGGAGGUGAGCAGAGGUGUUGAGCAGGUCAGUCUGCAGACUUCGUAA